CGGCGCGCCUCCGCGUCCGCAAACAACACAAGGCGUGUGUACAGAACUACCAUCGGAAACGAAACCAAAGCAGCAAAGAACUCCUCCGAUUAAUCAAUCAUCACACGGGAACCCACGUCUCCCCCUUCCAUGUAGCCAAGCAAUCCCAGGGAACAGACACCGUGGUAGUCCUAAUCCGGCGCGGCGGUAGGUAGGGUUCUCAGAUGGGGCCGCCCUCCACCUCCUCGCCGGCGGCGGCGCCGCGGCGGUCGCCGAAGGUGAGGCUGCGGAGGCAGAGGUUGGAGUCGCUCCUAGAGGAGCUCAAGCGGACGCUCGACGGGCUGGGCGACGCCGAUCUCGUGGACUCUCUCUCCGAGGUGUCUACCGAGGCGCCGGAGUAUGGGGACAGCGAGGGCGGCGGUGACGGUGACAGAGACUCGGCGCCGUCGCUGGCGAGUGACUCCAAUCACGAGACGGACCAGAUGUUUGAUGCUCUUAAAUCCAGGUUUGAAUCACCUGAGUUUGUUCAAAAGAUCGAUGAAAUUCAAAAGUCUGUAUACCAAAAUGGUGCAGUUGAACUGGAUACAUCAUGGGAUAUAAUAAAGGCAGUAGAUUUGUGGGAAGAUAAUGACGACAACGGAUACAUUCUUGUUAAGCCAGAGGAUGCAGUUGAUGGGAUUGCUUUCUUCGUGGCCACAUACUUAUUGACACUUACAAAAGCCAAGGAAUUGUCUCCUGAUCGACUUCAGAAAGCCCUUAAGAAGACAUUUUCAGCUGAGAAGAGAAAAGGCAGACUUCGAAAGGCAUGGGAUGGGACAAAAGUCAUUUAUAAUGCUGCAUCGUGGGGUGCCACGGCUAUUGGCAUCUACAAUAAUCAAGCAAUUCUCAAGGUAGCAAGUACAGCCUUCUGGACAUCCUGCCGUGUGGUAUCCAAGUUUCUGUGAGUGCUCGUUGGCACUGGCACUGUUGUUACAAUCGUGUUUCCAAUUAUUUAGGUAAAGAUCAGCACAUUGCUACGAAAUCUCUGAAUUGUAAUACUCCUGCUAAAAGAAUUGAGGUUUAGCAGAAGGAUGCUUGGAAGCCCCUUUUUUUUAAAUAGCAUUGGUGUUAGGAUGUAAAGAGGCUAUUCGAUUGAAUGUGUGAGCAACUGUUACGCUUAGCAUUUGUACACUCCCCAUGUAAAUAUGACAUUUAUUUCCAUGACUUGUGUCUGUGCAAGAAUAACCCUCGUGACGCAACUAUUCAGCUCAGCGUUUGUACUUUGUACACUGCAACUGUAAAUAUGAUUGUUUUGAAUAAA